AUGCCUGCUUUGGAAGACAUGGCUAGACCCGUUCUCAAGUUCAUGAAAGUUUUGCCCGAGGCGUUUGCUCCAGUGCGUGGAUCUGCAAAAGCCGCAGGUUAUGAUCUCAAAAGUGCCGUAGAUUGUACAGUGCCAGCACGUGGUAAGGCACUCGUCGACACGGGGCUUAAGAUUCAACUUCCUGAGGGAUGUUAUGGGCGAGUCGCCCCGAGAUCUGGUCUUGCUGUUAAGAAUUUCAUUGACGUUGGAGCUGGAGUCAUUGACGAAGAUUACCGAGGUAUUGUCAAAGUAGUUCUGUUUAAUCACUCCAAUGAGGAAUUUGUUGUGCAGAAAGGAGAUAGGAUUGCUCAGUUGAUCUGUGAGAAAAUCUUCUAUCCUGAAUUGCAGGAAGAGCAAGAACUGGGUGAUACUGCCAGGGGUGAGAGAGGAUUUGGUUCUACAGGCACUAACUAA